CCCCACGGCUGCGCACUCGGACAAAGAUGGCAGCUGCGGCCCGGCUACGCUGGGGAGCGGCGGUUGCUGCUGCGGGGCUGCGUAGGCGGUAGGUGAUGAGCUACGAGCUCCGCACCGGGGUACCGCUGGGCUUAGCAGAGCGGUCAGCCCCCUCACAUGCCCCGUUGGGGCUGGGAGAAGUGCCCCUUACUGAGCCUUUGGGUUCGCCCCCUUCCCUGCCGUUGGGUGUUUCGCCCUGCGGAGGGCGGCUCUCCUUGAACCGGCUCGGCGCUCCGAGUUCGGGCGGGAUCUGCAAGCGCCUCGUCGGAGGCUCUGAAACCCGGCUCGGGAGUCCCUAAUGAUGACUUAAAUAGAUUCUGUCCUAUGAUGAAUCCAUACACCAUUAAGAAACAGCUUCUGCAUCAGUUUGUACAUAAACCACUUUUCCCACUGCCUGCAACCUUAUGUAACACAGUGAGACACAUGUUUAUUCAAACACAAGAUACUCCAAAUCCCAACAGUUUAAAGUUUAUCCCAGGAAAACCAGUUCUUGAGACAAGGACCAUGGAUUUUCCCACACCAGCUGCAGCAUUUCGCUCCCCUCUGGCUAGGCAGUUAUUUAGAAUUGAAGGAGUAAAAAGUGUCUUUUUUGGACCAGAUUUCAUCACUGUCACAAAGGAAAGUGAAGAGUUAGACUGGAAUUUACUGAAACCAGAUAUUUAUGCAACAAUCAUGGAUUUCUUUGCUUCUGGCUUACCCUUAGUUACUGAGGAAACAUCUUCAGGAGAAGCAGGAUCUGAAGAAGAUGAUGAAGUUGUGGCAAUGAUUAAGGAAUUGUUAGAUACUAGAAUACGGCCAACUGUGCAGGAAGACGGAGGAGAUGUGAUCUAUAAAGGCUUUGAAGAUGGCAUCGUACAGCUCAAACUCCAAGGUUCUUGUACCAGCUGCCCCAGUUCAAUCAUUACUCUUAAAAAUGGAAUUCAGAACAUGCUGCAGUUUUAUAUUCCGGAAGUAGAGGGUGUAGAACAGGUUAUGGAUGAUGAAUCAGAUGAAAAAGAAGCUAACUCACCUUAAAAUAAUUAGCAUUUUCUUUGGGCCCAGCAGUUGGACUUAUUGAUAAUUAUACGAAGCUUUUAUUAUUAAUCUGCUAAGGAACUUGAGGAUUAAUAAAAUAUGCUCUUUUUCCAGACUGAUAUAUAAAUAUUGCAUGUUUGCUUUA